AUGCCCUGUGUUUAUGGAAGCCACCACAACAGUUUCCUCCCAGUGCUCUAUUCCCUGCUCUUUGUGGUGGGCUUCCUUGGCAAUAUGUUCAUGGUGUGGGUCUUCAAGGCAGGUAAUCAGCUGAAAACCAUGACCGAUGUGUGCCUUCUGAACCUGGCUCUGGCUGACCUGCUCUUGGUCUUGUCUCUUCCCUUUCUGGCCCACUAUGCUGGCCACAGCUGGAUUUUUGGGAGAGCUAUGUGCACCAUAGUCCUCGGUAUAUACUAUGUUGGAAUCUACAGUGGCAUCUUCUUUAUUGUGCUUAUGAGCAUCAGCAGGUACUUGGCUGUGGUCCAUGCUCUGAGGGUCCAAACUAAGAGGUAUGGGAUUGUGGCCUGCCUUGUUGUCUGGAUCUUAGCUGUGGCAGCGUCCUUCCCUGAGCUGUGUCACCUUGGAAUUGAAGAGAGACAUGGUGAGGUACUUUGCAGUGCAUAUCCAAGCAAUCACGCAGACCAUUACUUAAGAAUCGUUGGCUUCUUUAAAAUGAAUGUGUUGAGCCUGCUGGUCCCACUGAUCAUCUUGGGAUUCUGCUACACAAUGGUGCUUCGGAGGCUCCACAAGUUUCGCUCAUCCAUGAAACAUGGCAUGCGCCUCGUCUUCCUGGUCACUGUGGUCUUCUUCUGCUGCUGGACACCAUACAACAUUGCAGCGUUCCUCAAAAGUCUGGAACUGAAGAACAUCAUACCUGUAGACUGCGAAACCAGCAAAAGGAUUCUGGUGAGUCUGCAGAUCACUGAAGCUGUGGCGUACUCACAUAGCUGUCUGAAUCCCUUGCUGUACCUGCUUGUAGGAGAGAAGUUUAAGAAGCACCUCAUCAGGGUCCUGCGCCAGACACCUUGCGUCAAACUAAAAUUCUGCAAGAGCUGUCUGACCCUGCACUCACAGACCGCUAGCAUGGAAGAGCGCACUACUGCCAUUUAA